GAGGGGUACCCAUUCAGGGCUGCAGUCAGAGCCAGGCCCAGGCCCAGGGGAGGGGGGUGAUGAUCUAAGGAGCAUAAUCGACAAUAAACGGCGGUGAUCGCGGGGCUGCGGCCGAGGCUGAGAGCCCCCCCCCCGGUGCCGGUGAUGGACGAGUGGAAGCCGAACCCGCGGGCCAAACCCUUCGUCCCGCGGCGGCACAGGAGCUGGUUCAUCGCUUGGAAGUACAGGUUAACGGGACAGCGGUCAGUGAGGAGGCUGUGCCAGACGGUCGCACUGCUGUUUCUACUUGUAACUGUUAUCGUCAACAUCAAACUUAUUUUAGAUACAAGGAGAGCUGCAGCCGAGGAGGAAUUAAUAGAAGAUUAUGAUAAUGUCAUACCUAAUAUGGAAACUGCUCGCAGACCAUCACAUGGCCGGAAGGUCCUGGACAUUGAAGUCUAUUCCAGCAGAUCAAAAGUCUAUGUUGCUGUUGAUGGAACAACAGUCCUUGAGGAUGAAGUCAAAGAGCAAGGUCGAGGAAUACACGUUAUUGUUUUGAAUCAAGCUACGGGUCAUGUGAUGGCUAAACGUGUAUUUGAUACGUAUUCACCCCAUGAAGACGAAGCAAUGAUCUUAUUCUUAAAUAUGGUCUCUCGUGGAAGAAUACUUCUAUUUACUAUCAAGGAUGAAGGAUCUUUCCAUCUAAAAGAAACUGCCAAAAGUCUACUUAAAGGAUUGGGUAGUCAGAUUGCCUCAUCACUCAGUUGGCGAGACAUGUGGACUUUUGUGGUAAAGAAAGGAGGCCAAGUCUACGGUGAAAAACACUCAAAGUCUCCAGCAUUGGCCACUUGGGGAGAUCCUGUUUUAUUGAAGACUGAAGUUCAGCUAACCUCUGCUGAAGAUGCUGAGUGUCACUGGGCAGACACGGUUGCCAAUCGGAGGAGGAAGACCUUCUGCAGCAAAGUGGAAGGCUAUGGGAGUAUCUGCAGUUGUAAGGAUCCAGCACCGAUUGAAUUUAACCCUGAGCCUUUAAAAGAUAACAAAGUUUAUGAUGUUCCGGUGGCGGUGAUAGCUGGUAACAGACCUAACUACCUUUACAGAAUGUUGCGUUCACUGCUGUCUGCUCAGGGUGUGAACCCAGAAAUGAUUGUUGUCUUCAUAGAUGGUUACUAUGAGGAGCCAAUGGAUGUGGUGGAGCUCUUUGGCCUUAAAGGCAUUCAACACACACCCAUUAGUAUUAAGAAUGCUCGAGUCUCGCAGCACUACAAAGCCAGUUUGACUGCUACAUUCAAUCUACACCCGGAUGCAAAGUUUGCUGUGGUACUGGAGGAAGACCUGGAUAUAUCUGUGGACUUUUUCAGUUUUCUCAGCCAAACAAUCCAUUUACUUGAAGAGGAUGAAAGUCUAUAUUGCAUAUCUGCUUGGAAUGAUCAGGGUUAUGAGCACACAGCUGAAGAUAUUAGUCUGCUCUAUCGAGUGGAGAGCAUGCCAGGUCUUGGCUGGGUUUUAAAGAAAAGCCUUUAUAAAGAUGAGCUGGAGCCAAAAUGGCCAACACCAGAGAAGCUCUGGGACUGGGACAUGUGGGUGAGAAUGCCUGAGCAAAGAAAAGGUCGUGAGUGUAUUAUCCCUGAUGUUUCAAGAUCCUAUCAUUUUGGCAUUGUUGGACUUAAUAUGAAUGGCUAUUUCCAUGAAGCAUAUUUUAAGAAGCAUAAAUUCAACACUGUUCCGAAUGUGCAGCUCAAAAAUGUGGACAGUCUGAAAAAGGAUGCCUAUGAAAUUGAAAUUCACAAACUGAUAAGUGAAGCCAAGGUUCUAGAGCACAGCAAAAACCCCUGUGAAGAUAGUUUUAUUCCAGACACUGAAGGAAAAGUCUAUAUUAUGUAUAUUAAAAUGGAACAGGAGGCUGAUUUUACAACAUGGACUCAAUUAGCCAAGUGUCUGCACAUUUGGGAUCUUGAUGUUCGAGGUAAUCACAAAGGCAUGUGGCGGCUAUUCAGAAAGAAGAACCACUUGCUUGUUGUGGGGACACCUUUCUCUCCUUAUUCGUCAAAGAAACCUGCUUCUGUAACCCCUAUCUACCUUGAACCACCUCCAAAGGAAGAUGUGGAAUUGAAUUGAGGGUGAACAAAACAAGAAAGCCACUGUGGCGAGCAUGGCAAUUUUAAACCACUAUAUUUAAUGUACAGUUUAUCAUGGUGUUUACAUGUUGGUUUAUAACUGUCUGCUUAAACUAAAGAAAGCAAAUUUGUACCUGCAGCUAAUACUUGAUAAUGUGUAAAACUACUAUAUAUAGUUUAUAACUUAUGGUUUCAAAUAUUUAUUUUGUUGGAAAUAUGUGCUUUUUUUUGAAAUACUGACAACAUCAUGUUAGAAAGUUAAGCCAAUGGACUCCAGAAAUUUACUCAAGCUCUAAUUCUUCAUUGUUAAAUAUCACUACUGUGGAGCAUUGACAAAAUGAGACUCCUUCAAACUGCUGUUUUAUUUUCUUUUGUUUUUAUACAGUAACUCUCUCGCACAUAUUUGGAAAUUUGUACUGUUUAAUUGAAUGAUGCUAUGAGUUUCAACGUGUAAUCAUGUUGCGAUUAUAGAAUUCUGGACAUAAAUAAACCACUACAAAUAU